AGCUCUCUUCUCAAAAAGAUACUUUUACUUUUGGGCUUGUUAUACCGAUAUUGGAUACCUAUAUCCGUUCAACGUUACAUACAAAAAAAUCAAAAUGAAAAACUUUAUGCUACUAGUCCUGUGUGCCGCUGUCAUAUUUGCAGUAUCGGAACGUUGUGCUGCGCAACAAAAUUCCACUUCUCAUCAUUUUUUGGUCGGUGCCAGGCCAUUCGCUGAUAAAUUGUUCAGAAGAGAGCAAGUUAAAGUAAAUUCUCUAUUGUGGACUAGUCUCAAAGAAAGAAGAACUUUUUCCACCGAUGGUACCGCAAAAAUUACUCUGAUCAAGGCUCUGGACCAGAAGACCAAUGGAAACGGAGCAUACGUUUCUCUUAUAAAUGGAGGGCCCGGGCAAACCUUUGUUACGCUCGAAUUCAAGAGUCAGAAGGGACAUGGAAUCGACUUUGUCGUUGAAUUGUACGCUAAAUAUUAAUAAUAAUGUAUAGAUAUUGAAAAUCAUAAACCAUCCCGAUAAUGUACAAAUCAAAGAAUAAAUCUCUCAUCAAUUUUCAA